CUAUGCUAGAACCGCAGUCUGGUCGUGAAGACGCCACGCCAUCAUGUCCGUUACCGUGGCGGUGAUAGGCGUGCGUUCGACCAGCGAUUAUUGAUGUUAGCGAUGCGCACAAGUGUCUCAGAUAAGUGUGAUUGACGAGUCGCAGAUCCUUCGUUGAUAUUGGAAUAAACGAAAAAUUGAAUUCGAACCCUGGAAUAAAUACACCGAAGAGAUGGAGAGCCGCGGAGGAUUUUUGAGGAACAGUUGCAGAUCGGGACGUCGAGGGAUCUGCGUAUCGGUUGCCAUUACCGCGGCAAUUAUAGGAUGCGUUUUAUUGGCUUACACCGCAUUCGCUAAUUCUGCAGCCGAAACAGUGAACAAUUUACAGCAAGUAGCGAUUAUUUUUCGACACGGCGAUAAAAAUCCCACGGAAACUUACCCAAAUGAUCCAUGGGCAGAUUAUGAUUGGCCGGAUGGUUGGGGUGCUUUGACUAAGAAAGGAAUGCUCCAGAUGUACACCUUGGGUGAAAGAUUACGCGCGAUGUAUGGACCGUUUUUAGGAAAUAAGUAUAAAAGUACAGAUCUUUUGGUGCGCAGCAGUUACGCAGACAGAUGUAUCAUGUCGGCCCAAGUACUUUUGGCAGCACUUUAUCAACCUACGGAAGAAGAUCUUUUCAUACCUGGUCUACCUUGGCGUCCGAUUCCCGUUCACAGUAUACCAAGAAACAUCGACAAGCUGAUCGUUUCCAAGGCACCAUGUCCAAAACUUGACAAAGAGCUCGCGCAGGCCUACCUGAAUUUUUCAAAAACUGUCGACGAUUCGUUUGUUUCUAUGUGCAAGGAAUUGACUACUUACACCGGACAUAAGAUUGAGACGAUAUUGGACGUCGAGCUUCUUUUUAAUACUUUGGAAAUUGAGUCCGAACAUGGCCUAGAGCUGCCUAAAUGGGCAUUGAAGUAUUACGACGAAAAAAUGAGAGGACUAGCAGCAAAAAGUUUGGCGUUAUUCACCAGCAAUUUGACGCAAAGACGUCUCAGAGGAGGAAACUUACUAAAAGAGAUUUUGGAAAAGAUGGUGAUGCGUCGCAACGGAACGGACACGCACAAAAUGUAUCUUUACUCCGCCCAUGAUACAACGCUGGUCAAUACUUUGAGGGCGAUGGGUUUUACCGAGGAAUUAUUAAAGCCAGAACACGGCGCAUCUCUCAUAUUUGAAUUGCACGUGGCCGAAGGUGGACAAAAUCACGAGAUCAAGAUACUGUAUUUGAACAACACGGAGAUAACUGAGCCCCACAGUAUGAAUGUACCCGGUUGUCCAGGACCAUGCAUGAUAGACACGUUGUUCAAAAUUUGGGAACCAGUACUGCCACGGAAUUGGGAACGCGAGUGUUCGGUUUAGAAGAUAAAAAAUGAAACAAGAAAUAACAAUAAGUGGAGAACCUCAUAUUCGAAUAGUAUAAAUCUCUAGGAUUACAAUUAGUUCUUAUUGUUAGUUUUACACGGUGAUUGACGAAGCAAUUCAAUAUCUAGACAUAGGGACAGAUUUAUAUACCAUAUUGUAUUAUGUGAAAAAUAUUUUUGAGAUACCUUUAUCUUUGAUAACAGUGAGAUCGUAUCAGGUCAAACUGUGGUAUGUAAAAACCUGAUGAUCAUGAUGUGACCAAUAAAUUAUUGUGAUAGAA